AUGGCGAGACGACCUCGCCUGGCCGCCCAGGCUGCCGCCGCUUCAAUGCGUAAUCGCAUUCCCAAUCUCUCGGACAAUGAAGACGAUGAGGUGGCCGAGGCACCCACUGCAGAUGCUCCGACGCCCCAGGACGAUGAAGACGAAGGUGCAAAUGCGGACGACGAUGAUCAGAACGAUGGCGAAGACGACGGCACCCCUUCACAAGCAUCCCCACGGCCUUCGAGAUCCGCCACCCCUCGCCGCCGUGGACGACCUAGCCUGCUACCUGGGUCAAGACGGAAACCUGGACGCCCACCGAAGAAUAGACCGGUAGCAUCUGAAGACGAUACUGGCGAGCCUGCAUCAGAUGCCCCACCCAAGCGCAGGGGAGGCUUUCGAGGCGGUAAUCGUGGACGUUGGGCCAACCGCAAGUCUGGCGUGUCUCGUCAGCAGCCGCCGCCUCUGGAUGAUUUUGGAAAUCCCAUGGAAGUGGUGGAAGAUGAGGUCGUGUUACCAGAAAUACCUGAAGGCGAGGAGAAGGUCGAUAAGAACGGGGUUCUGCUGGGUGGGCGAGACUAUCGCGUACGAACCUUUACAAUACUCGGUCGUGGCAGCAAGCUCUACAUGCUGUCUACGGAGCCGGCUCGUUGCAUCGGAUUUCGCGAUUCUUACCUGUUCUUCCAGAAACACAAACAUCUUUACAAGAUUCUGAUUGACGACGAAGAGAAGAAGGACCUUAUCGAGCGGGACCUCAUGCCCAACUCCUACAAAGGUCGUUCUAUCGGCGUUGUCACAGCCCGCUCGGUAUACCGAGAAUUCGGUGCCAAGAUCGUGAUCGGAGGCAGAAAAAUCAACGAUGACUAUGACGAACAAGCGGCACGAGAGCGAGGUGACGUCGAAGGCGAACUGGCUGAUCCCAAUGAUCGUCUUCCCCCAGCCGGCGAGCCGUACAACCGUAACCAGUACGUGGCAUGGCAUGGUGCGAGCCAAGUCUACCAUACAAACCUCCCCAACGCGCCGGCACAGGGCCAGAAAGGACCUGAAGGGAAACGAAAGCGCAUCUUGAUCACCGGCGAUAACUGGAUGUUUGAGCAUGCUCGAAACGCCAGUGUGUUCAACUCGUCGCUCGCUCAGGCCCGCAAGUCUAACUUUCAUGGCCUCUACGACAUCCAUACCAACACGAUGCAGUGGCCAAAGCAUAUGCAGUCCACCCACGGACGCUGGGAGAAGGUAUACGAUGAGGUCGUGGACGAGCAUCAACCUGGAACAAGGCUGCCACAUCUCGAUCCUGUAUACAGUCGCAAUUUCCGGAUUCACGAUUUUGCUCUAGAGGCGGCGCCAGAUUCAAGCCUUGUGCCACCUGGGCUAGACAACGACGAAAACAGCCUUGCUGCAAUCGCCCCAGAGGUGUUGGAUGAGCUUCCUGUCGAAUGCAUUGAGGCGUUGCGGCAAGCUCAGCAAGACGAGAGUGCCUGGCGUCGCAAGUGGACCAAUGAGAAGUCCAACGGCAAGAGGGCUAACUUCUUACCCUCAUUUGAGUGGUAUCCCAAAACGUAA